CAUAGCAUGUACACAGUACGGCAUGCUGCUUUUACUCAUUUCCCCUUUCAUGUAUACUUAAAAUCGGAUUUCACUACCUGCGGUACCUGCCGUAUCGAAAUUUCACUGCGCGCAGUGUCUGCUCAUUGGGCGUCUUUCUUAUCUGCCCAUCAAUGUAUGAAUUGUACCAUGCUGAGUAGAUUCAGGUACGCAGUAAGUCAAAUUGUGCUUGGAAAUACCAUAUAUACACACACAUGUUGCCAUUUAGUUAUUGCAAUCUGCUUUCCUCCUUUCUCUUAUGUACCUUAUGACUUGGCAACUUAACUGUAAGGACAUUUGGAAUAGAGCAAACAUUUGUACUCUUGAACUCAACAGAGGCGAUUUGUGGCACAAGUAAUAUGCCUAGGUAGAGGAAACUAAGGUGCAUUCAGUAAAAAAGGAAUAACCAAAGGGUAACGCGAUGAGCAACGAAGUUUUCCCCAUCCAAGACCUUCCGGAAGAAGUGUUGGAGCACAUAUUCUCAUUUCUUCCGUUGUCGAAUCGAAAGUCGGCUUCGCUCGUUUGUGCAAAGUGGGAAAGGUUGGCGUUUUAUCGUCGAUUUUUGCGCAAAGUGGUUCUCCGAAUCCAAUUAGAGUUUACAUGCCAAGUUCAAGUUCAAUUCCUGCGCAGGAGUAAACGCCGUUACAGAAAUGUGCUCGUUUUCUUGCAUACGCAUGGUUGCAGCGAAUUUUGUUUCCAAAAUAUAUUGGCGAUUUUGGAACUGUUCGGCGCAGAUGUGGAGAGUCUCCAGUGUAUGGGACAUUUGAAUACAAAUCAGCUGUGCAUGGUACUGAGCCUUUUGCCGAAGCUGCAGCAUUUGAUAGUUAGAUUGAACUUCGAUGACGAGUAUGUUUAUCCGGGCUUUGAAAUACCUCCGUUGAAGCCGCUGGAAGAAUUCGCAUUGCAAAUCGAAAAUCUAGAUGUUUCUCAUGUGAAUCAGCUCGACAUCAUAUUAUCAGAACCAGCGGAAGGAAGGAACUUCCUGCCUGUUUUGCGACGACUGGCUCCACAGCUUAAGAACCUGUACUUUUAUUCAACGGACUACUUCAUUCCUUUGGAACAGAUUCAGUUUCCAGAGGCCGAAGUGCUGAACAUUGGCGGAAACCUGUGCGAUACGGAUAACGAUUGGGUUCUACGAACAUUUUUCGCUGGAUUUAAGCUGCUGAAGGAAGUCAGACUCGAUUUCAUCAUCAAGGAGAUAGUGCUGGAUGUGAUAGUUGAGGCAUGCCCAGCAAUCGAAUUGCUCAAAUUCAAGAGUCCCCGCUUCAAUGUGAUCCCAUUUCGUUCGUUGGGGCGCCUAAAGUACUUGAGGACGUUAGGCCUCGGAGAAGUCAAUGAUGUUCCAGAUAUCAGCUUGAAAUGCAGCCCAAUGGUGAGCGUGAAAAGUCUUAGCCUGGUAAUUUCCAAUUGUGAAGAGAGUUCGAUUGAACGACUACGACAUCUGUUACCGAACGUAAUCGACAUGAGUGUUACACUGAAAGGCGAUUACACCAUCGAUAGGGGACUUAGACACAUCUGCCAAAACUUCCGAGGACUUCAACGUCUAAAAGUUUCCGACAAAUCCACUAGGUUUCUAAAGCCUUGCAUCAGCCUUCUUGAGUUGGAGCAUCUAGAUCGACUAGAAGAACUCAUUUUGAAGAAUAUUCGUACCCGGAUAGUUAAUAUGCCACCAAACCCACAUCUUAAGCGAUUUGUGUUGAAAUCUCUAUGCUGGUUGUUCGACAGGGAUAUGCUAGAGUUGGCAAGGCAGUUUCCAAACCUGCGAUGCUUUGAACAUGGACGGAACGUACAAUUGUCAUCUCAGGCGAUUGAUGUUCUUAAAUCACAACUGGUGAACUGUGCGGUUCACUGUAUACCGUACGCCAUGAAUAGUGUUUCAAAAAAUUAUCGCGAUUUAUUCAAAAUCCUGCGUCAGAUUGCACAAAACUAGUGUUUAAAUCAUAAAUAGGAACUGAAAGCUGGUCUUAUGAAUAAAUCCUAUAAUACCAUACUUUCUUAUUGUCAAAUUCAUUUUACAUCA